CUCUCUCUCUCUCUACUAUUUUGUAGACUUCUCUCUCUCAUGACUAUUUUGUAAGUUUUUGUCAGUCUUGCCCUACUAUUUAUAGGACUCCUCUCUCCCUACUAUUAUACACCUCACUACUCUGUAUCUCUGAGGACAAUUUCUCUCUGUCUGUCUUGCCCUACUAUUUAUAGGACUCCUCUCUCCCUACUAUUAUACACCUCACUACUCUGUAUCUCUGAGGACUAUUUCUCUCUGUCUGUCUUGCCCUACUAUUUAUAGGACUUAUCUGUCAUGACUAUUUUGUACCUUUUUUAUGUCUUGCUCUACUAUUUUGUAGGACUUGUAAGUACCAUUUUAUUUUAUUUCUCUCUCUCUCUCUCUCUCUCCCAUUAUUCAUUUAAACGAUUGCCACGAUUUCCACAGCCAGCAGCACGCUUGACAUUACUACCAUCAAUAUUUCUCUGCAAACACCACUAACUUUAGGCCCCAUACCACCACCGCUAACGGCAACAAAUUUCGCCUUCUAGAUUUUCCCUCUCUUCAAGAUGCAGGGCUACUCGCACAUAAGAACUACCAAAUCUAUGUCCGUUGAUUUCUCAGAUCUCUCCUUCUAUCCCCCUCCGAGCCCCAUUUCUGCCAUGGCCAAGAAGCAUAAAAAACCACAAGGAAAAGAUGAGAGAGAAGGGAAAGAAGAGAGAGAAAGUGGAGAAGAAAUGGGUCAGCAAUUUGCGGUCAUUCUUAACAGGAAUCUCUCAGUUGGAGCAGCAGAGCACGGCAGGUUGAGGAGAGAGAGUAGUGAGAGAAAAACCAGUUUGGUAAAGAGGGCUUUCUCCAUGAGGAGAUCCUCCUCUGUUGCAGAAGGAUAUAGUAGAAUCCAUGAUCAGUAUGAUCAGGAGCUCCUCAAUAUUCAUGAAGCCCCUGGUUUGAAGAAGAAAAGGGGCAAGUUUCUCAAGGUAUGUAAGCGCCUGUUUGGAUUUUAAGCAUUGCUUCGUAACUUUCUCUCUCUAAAUGUUUCAAAGUUUGAAUAUUUAGCAUGUAAUGGGUUUCUCUCUCUGUUUAUUAUGUCCAAUCUCUCUCUUGGAAGCGAAUCACUAGAUGAGCUAGGAUCGAUUUUCUUUUUUUUGGGCAAAUAUCAUCGUUGCCUUUUUUUUUUAUUACUUUGAAUAUCAAACACUACUUGGGCUGCUGGGUAUAUCGACUUGGGCCUCUCUCUCUCUAAUGGCUUCUUGUUUAGCUAUGUUAUGAUGGCAUCCAAGAAUUACAUAAAUAUACUGAAUUUCAGACAA